AUGGUCCACGAGCGGUGGAAGACCGUGGGCGGCGCGUCCCAACUUGAGGACCGACCGCGCGACAAACCGCAGAGACCAAGCUGCAGCUACCUGCUGUGCACAGUGCUCCUGUCCCUUGCAGUGCUGCUGGCCGUGGCUGUCACAGGGGCAGUUCUCUUCCUGAACCAUGCCCACGCACCAGGCACGGCCCCGCCACCCAUCGUCAGCACAGGGUCUGCCGGGGCCAACAGUGCCCUCGUCACCGUGGAGAGGGCUGACAGCUCCCACCUCAGCCUCCUCAUCGACCCUCGCUGCCCUGAUCUCACCAACAGCUUCGCCCGCCUGGAGAGUGUGCAGGCCUCCGUGCUGCGGGCACUGAGUGAGCACCAGGCACAGCCGAGGCUGGACGGUGCCCCUGAGCUGCUGGACACGUUGGCUGACCAGCUGCCCCGGCUGCUGGCCCGAGCCUCUGAGCUGCAAGCCGAAUGUGCUGGGCUGCGCAAGGGACACAGCUUACUGGGCCAGGGCCUCAGCACCCUGCAGAGUGAGCAGGGUCGCCUCAUCCAGCUUCUUUCUGAGAGCCAAGGCCACAUGGCUCACCUGGUGAACUCUGUCAGUGAUGUCCUGGAGGUUCUGCAGAGGGAGCGGGGACUGGUCCGGCCCCGUGUCAAGGCUGACCUUCAGAGGGCCCCUUCCAGAGGAGCCCGGCCCCGAGGCUGCGCUAACGGCUCUCGGCCCCGGGACUGCCUGGAUGUUCUCUUGAGUGGACAGCAGGAUGAUGGUGUCUACUCCGUCUUCCCCACUCACUACCCUGCUGGAUUCCAGGUCUACUGUGACAUGCGCACCGACGGUGGAGGCUGGACGGUGUUUCAGCGCCGGGAGGACGGUUCUGUGAAUUUCUUCCGAGGCUGGGAAGCAUACCGGGAGGGCUUUGGCAAGCUCACGGGGGAGCACUGGCUGGGGCUCAAGCGGAUCCAUGCCCUGACCACACAAGCAGCCUAUGAGCUUCAUGUGGACCUAGAAGACUUUGACAACGGCACCGCAUAUGCCCACUAUGGGAGCUUUGGCGUAGGCUUGUUCUCUGUGGACCCUGAGGAGGAUGGGUACCCACUGACGGUGGCCGACUACUCGGGCACUGCAGGUGACUCCCUUCUCAAGCACAGCGGCAUGAGGUUCACCACCAAGGACCGGGACAGCGACCACUCGGAGAACAACUGUGCCGCCUUCUACCGAGGGGCCUGGUGGUACCGCAACUGCCACACAUCCAACCUCAACGGCCAGUACCUGCGUGGUGCUCACGCCUCCUACGCCGACGGUGUCGAGUGGUCCUCCUGGACUGGUUGGCAGUAUUCGCUCAAGUUCUCAGAGAUGAAGAUCCGGCCGGUCCGAGAGGAACGCUAG